AAAUCAUUAAUCUUUGACUCUCUGGUAACUCUUGCUUUAAGUUAUCGGAGGUCAGUUAUGUAUUAGCCGGGGCAGGGUAAGGAUGUGUGCCGCCUCAUGUGUGUCUAUGGCUCUCGGCUCGGCCACUAGACGCUCUAAAUAUGGUGUGCGUGGAUUGUGUGCCUACAGCCUGGAGGUGGCGACAGCAAACCGGACGUGGCACACCACCAGUAAUGUGAUAUUGUCAUCCCAGGUCAUCCCUAAUGUGUAUAGUGGGAGCAAACCCUAUGGCUGGAUCACAAGGGGUCCAGGCCAGCAUCACGGCCACUGCCCCGCACUCUCCCCAGCCCACCGUGUGUCAUACACCACCGUCUAUGUCCCAUCGUACCGCAGCCUCCAUAGCUCUGUCAGGCUGAGGGAAAAGCUUUCUUCACAACCCGCCUCCAGUGGCACUCAUCAUCAAGACAUAGUUGCAUCAAUCAUUAAUACUUCUCCACCACAAGGUAAAACACCUCCGGAAAGUGAAAGAAACUCAUCAAGUGAAAAAGUGAAAGAGAAAGAGACACUCAAACCAUCUUCACAGGUGGAAGUGACAGUUAAGGACUUAAAAGAAAAGGCCAAAGCUGCCAGCUCCCCUAUAGCUCAAGAUAAAAAGGCUGUGGUGGUGAGGAAAUCCCUAGGAACAAGAAUCAAAGAAGAGAUCUUACAUUACUAUCAUGGAUUUAGGUUACUCUUCAUUGACACCAAGAUCUGCUGCAAGUACAUCUGGCGAAUCUGCAACGGCGAGACUCUCUCCAGGAGGGAACACCGCCAGUUGGUGAGAACCACGAGUGACCUCUUCCGCCUCCUUCCCUUCUCCGUGUUCAUCAUCAUCCCCUUCAUGGAGUUCCUGCUGCCCGUGGCUCUGAAGCUUUUCCCGGGCAUGCUGCCAUCUACAUUUGAGACUGCCAAUGAGAAGGAAGCCAAAAUGAAAAAGAAAUUAAAGAUGAAACUUGAGAUGGCAAAGUUUUUGCAACAGACAUUAGACAGCAUGUCAGUUGAGGCCAAAGGCCGCAGCUCGGAAAGUGCCAAAGAAUUUGUUUCUUUCUUUGAAAAGAUAACCAAAACUGGAGAGCGAAUCAGCAAUGAGGAAAUUUUAAAGUUCAGCAAACUGUUUGAGGAUGAGAUCACCCUUGACUCCCUGACAAGACCACAGCUGAUGGCCUUGUGUCGCCUGCUGGAGAUGCAACCUUUUGGGACCAACAACUUCCUCAGAUUCCAACUGAGACUGAAAUUGAGAUCAUUGAUAGCUGAUGAUAAGAUCAUUGAAAGAGAGGGACUGGAUUCCUUAGCAGUCUGGGAGCUCCAGCAAGCAUGUCGUGCCAGGGGCAUGAGAGCCUAUGGUUUGUCAGAAGAGCGCCUUCGUCUGCAGUUAACACAGUGGCUGGAGUUGAGCUUGAAGGAGAAAGUCCCUCCCUCAUUGCUUUUACUUUCUCGCACACUUUAUCUCCCAGAGACUGUGCGAGCCCCUGACACCUUGGCCGCAACCAUCUCCUCUCUUCCUGACGAGGUUGCUACGCGCACAAAGGCCGCCAUUGGUAAACGUGAAGGUAAGAUAGACAACCUGACUCGACUGGAGGUCAUUCAAGUUGAAGAGAGAAAAAUUGCAGAAGACAAGAAAGAACUUGCAGUGUUAGAAGAAGAGAAGAAACAAAAACUGGCUAAGAAGAAAGCAGCUGAGGUGAGAAAAAUGCAGGCCCUUAAAGCAGUGGAGGAGACCCAGGCAGAAAUUAUUCCUCCAGAGGUGGCGGCGGUCCAGGUGCCUCUGUCUGCUAACAAGAUUUUGUCAGAGGGCGUGCAGGUCACCAAGGCCACAGUGUCCAUCUCAGGAGAAAUCCAGCAGAAAGAUAGUGCUGAGGAGCUCAUCGACAAAGCUCCCAUCCUGAAGGACAAGGCUGAGGUACUCACAGAAGAAAUGCCAAAGCCUACUCCCGAGCCGGUAGUCUCUACUGAGGAGGCAAUGCUCACAAGUGAGGACCUGAGGGAUGUGGAGGAAGCUAUUGAGAAUCUGGGUGUAGAGAAGAGAAAGUUAAUAAUUGAGGAGCAGGCGCUGUCUGAACUGAAGAGUGAAAUGGCAGACUACCAGGAAGACAUUGAAGAUUUCAGAAAGGCCCUCUCUCACGCUAAAAUAGAUAAGAAGGAACUCCGGGUGGGUAAGGCUGCUGGUCGCCUGUUCGUUCGUGUGAACAAGAUGAUCAACCGUAUGGAGCCCCUAUUGGAGCGACUGGGCAAGGAAAAGGCUUACCGCCAGAAAAUAGUAGAUGCAGGUGAAGCUAAGGACAAAACAAAAGCCGAACUUGUCAGCCUUCAAGACUUGACACAGCAUCUGAACUAUAUUUGCCACGCUCCAGACACUUCAAAAGUCACCAUGAUCCACGAUGUCCUCGCCAAGAUGGACUUUGAUAAAGAUGGUUCAGUGGAAGUAGAACAUGUGUUGCAUGUUUUAAAUCUUAUGAUAGACGAGCAAGUGGGUGUGACGCCAAAACUCUUUGAGGAAGUUAUAGAAAUGAUGGCUAAGGAGGAACAGUUGGAGUCUGCCCAGCUGAUUCAGCACGCCCUCAACACAACACUUACCGAGACUCGGAAACAUAACAGCUCUGUUCAGGAAGACAAACCCAUCAGUGUACCUGAAAGUAAUCCAGCAUAUAGUGAAGUACCCCACGAUGAGAAUGAACAGUGUAGUAAAAAUACUUCUGUGGAAAGAAGUGAGAAUGCAGAAAAGCAAGCAAAGCACAGUCAAUGACAUAGAGAAACAAAGAAAUUUUAAAUACACAGCCUUUAUGUUUACUAGUAUAGAAAUGAAACUUAUAUUGUUAUUAUUAUGCUUAAGAAAUUAUUUUAUAUUGCAUGUAAAUGUUGAGUUAUCAGAUGAGUUAAUGGACCCAUACUAAAACUUGUACAUUUUUUGUCAAAAAAACAUAUUGGUGGUCACUAAUUAUAUAUAAUGGUAUACUGCAUUUAUAACUGCAUAUAUUAUAAAGGAAGGAGAGACUGUGA